AUGAAUGUUUGGUCUGUAAGUAAAACCCUAGAAGAAAAAACAAUGCGGAAUCUACCAUCCGAACUCAUCGAAGACAUCCUCCGCCGCCUCCCGGUGAAAUCCCUAAAGCGUUUCCGCUCCGUGGCUAAAGCAUGGUGUUCUCUGAUAGACAGCGACAGGUUCAUCAAAAUGCAUCUGCGCCACUCUCUAACCUCACUCUCCAACCGCCACCUCAUCACCGGCGGCGCCGGGGUUUGCAGCGUCGCUCUGGAUUCGCUCGACAAGGCCCACGCCGUGAAGCCGCCGUUCGAUUGCAAGAGCGGCGAUAUGAUCUCCUACUCCUGUAACGGUAUAUUUCUCCUGAUGAGCGAUCCCCCUGUUUUAUGGAACCCCUUUUCCAGAGAGUAUAGAGUUCUGCCCGAUUGUCCCGUCGAAUACGCCGCUACGGCGGCGGAGUGUUACUGCAACAAGGCAGGUUACGAGUUCGGCUACGACUCGAGAAAUGACGACUACAAAGUAAUUAGGGUUUUGGAUUUCAGGCACAAAAUUACCCACGCUCCAAUGGCGAACGAGACCAAAAUCUACAGCCUCAAGUCGAAUUCCUGGAGGAGAAUCGAACCCCUCCCUUACCCGCUCCUGUUCUUGAGGUUGAACUGGCGCGUCCACGUCAACGGGGUGCUGCAUACUCUGGUUCCGGAUCCGGAUAAUGUGUACGGGGCGAGUAUCAUGUGCUUCAGUUUUGAGACGGAGAGGCGUUAUCAGAUGCUGUUGCCUCGUCGGAUAAGGAUCAAGGGUUUUGAUGUGAGUUUGGAUGUUACUGGCGGUUGUCUUUCUGUGGUUUGUAAUAAUUUGGAUAUGGUUGUGGUUUGGGUGAUGAAGGAAUAUGGAGUGAACGAUUCGUGGGUUAAAUUGGUGUCGGUUACUCCCCCUGUGUUUGAAGGGAAUGAUUAUGUGAAACCGUUGGUGUAUUCGAAAGAGGGUGGUAGGGUUCUUUUGCUUGGUAAAACGCUUUUUUGGUACGAUUUGAGAAACCAAAGUGUUGAUUAUGUGUUCAUUGAGGGUUUGCCUUUUGUGUUUUAUGCCGAAGCUUGUGUUGAGAGCCUCGUUUCUCUUGGUGGUGAAAUCAAGAAUUGGGGGUGUGAGAAAGAGAAAAGGAAGGAUAAAACAACCAAGAAGAGACAUCCUCUGCCGCCUCCCAGUGAAAUCCCUCAAGCGUUUCCACGGAGCUGGCGCGUGCACGUUAACGGGGUAUUGCAUUCGAUGGUAAGGGGUUCCGUUUCCGAGAACGAGGCGAGAAUCAUGUGUUUUAGUCUAGAGACCGAGAAGCAUCAUCGGACGAUGAUGCUUCCUAAUGGGAAUAAGCUACGUGGUGUUGAUGUUGGAUUGAAUUUGAUUGACGAUUGUCUUUCUGUGGUGUGUCUGAGUAGAAGCGGGGUUGGUGUUUGGGUGAUGAAGGAGUAUGGAGUGGAUUCUUCGUGGAUAAAAUUGGUCUCGGUUACCCCUCCUGCGUUCGAAAGGAAACAUUACGCGGACCCGUUGGUGUAUUCGAAAGAGGGAGAUAAGGUUCUUUUGAAUUGCGAUAAUGAGAGGCUUGUUUGGUAUGAUUUGAGAAAGAAAAGUGUUGAUUAUGUGCGUGUUGAUGGUUUGCGGUCCUCGUUUUACGCCGAAGCUUGUGUCGAGAGCCUCGUUUCGCUUAGUGGUGGCAAAGGUGGAAUCAAGAAUUUGGGACACGAGAAGGAGAGAAAGAAGGAAGAAAAUAAGGAAGAAGAGGUGAAAUUUUAGUGUUAUGUAAAUCGUAUUUGCAUAACGAGCAUUCUUUUUGCAGGGACGAUUUCUUGUCUAAGGGUUUCAAGUUGGUUCUCUCAUUAGCAAUAUAACUUAUUUUUUAUUCAUUUCAGACCAAAGAUCACAUUACACCAGACACAAGGGAAGCUAAGAUAAACUCCCUCAUUAUAGAAAUACCAUUUUAUAAA